AGUAGUAGGCGCCGGGCGGGCGGGCGGCGGGGCCUCGGAGGCGGAGUUAGCGAACCCGUUCAGUCGGUGGGCAUCCGCCGUCCCGACCGUUCGCGUCCACUCCACGUGCCCCGCGAUGACGUUCACGCCACGUGAAUAUUUAUGAUGCGAUCAACGCUUAAAUGGCACAGCCGCGUCGCUCGCGUACCGUAAAAUGCCAAUGAAAACUUGCCGCAGAACUUUUCGUCUGUUAGUGUAUGUGUUGUUCUAUCAUGUGGUCGCCGGUGAGCCGCACGAGUGCGGGUACCGCCAGGAGACGGACUCGGAGGAUGCGGUGCUGUUCUGCAAGAUACGCACCAUCAGCAGCAUGGAUCUCCUGCUGCAGAACAUCUCCAGGACUCAUUACGACGACAUCACGUCGCUGCACGUCCAGUGCAGCGAGAUUCUGUUCUUCGAGAGCUCAUUAACUACUCACUCGGAGAAGAAAAGCAAACAUACGAACUUGUCGAAACUGCGGGAGCUGGUUGUGGAUAAGUGUAAGCUGCGACAGAUUCCCGCGCGGGCCUUCGAGAACUUCAAGGACCUGAAGCGACUCCACGUGACGACGUACAACAACGAGUGGUCAGCCAUGACCAUGGAGAUCAACGAGCAAGCCUUCGCCGGGCUCAACGAGCUGAUAGAACUCAACCUGAGCGACAACAACAUCUGGAGUACGAAAACAGAAACUUUCUGCUCGCUCUACAGUUUGAAAACUCUAAACUUGACUAACAACCACUUGCAAAACAUAAAAACUAUCGGAUUUUCGGAUUCGUUUAGAGAACAAAACUUAAGCGUAAGAAGUUGUAACUUAGUUAUAGAAGUGCUUGACUUGUCGUAUAAUGAUUUAAUUGUAGUUACUGACAAUAGUUUGUCGAAGUUGCGUUCACUUUCCAAACUGUUUUUGCAAAACAAUGUUAUUUCUACCCUAGAAGAUAAUGCCUUCGAGGGGUUGCUCAGCCUACAGGUUUUAAACUUAUCUAGUAACUUUUUAAACGAAGUUCCACCAGAUUUAUUUGCAGAUACGAAGUCUCUAAAAGAGAUUUAUUUCAGUAAUAAUACUAUGAAAGUAUUGCCACCGGCGCUUUUUAAUGGGUUAGAAUAUCUACAAAUUUUAGACUUAUCACAAAAUGCACUGACUAGUAAAUGGGUGAAUAAGGGUACUUUUAAAGGAUUACUUCGUAUGGUAAUAUUAAACUUAUCCUAUAAUCGAUUAAAUAAAAUUGACCGUUAUCUAUUCCAAGACUUGUACAGUUUACAAAAGUUAAAUUUGGAUCAUAACGACAUUAAUUAUAUCGAUGAUCACGCAUUUGAAGAGUUGAGAAAUUUGCACUCAUUGACUUUAUCAAACAAUAAACUAACACACAUUCAUUCCCAUCUUUUCACUGACUUGCAUGUUUUGCACGAACUUUUUAUAGACAACAAUUUAAUAAAGCACAUAGAUGAGAACGCUUUUGACAACAUGACGGCUAUAGAAGACUUGGGCUUAAACGAUAAUCUUUUGUCAUCUAUUCCUGUAUCAAUUCGCAAGCUCCGCUCGCUGAGGUCAUUGGACAUCGGCAACAACAAUAUAACCCAUCUGAACCGGGAAAACUUUCGCGGCCUCUCCGAACUUUUCGGGCUGCGCUUAGUUGAUAACAAAGUAACAUAUUUAAAUGACGAUACUUUCGAACAUCUGCCCCAGCUACAGGUGCUCAAUUUAGCCUCCAAUAACAUCAAACACGUCGCUCCCGGUUGCUUUCGUAGAAACGUAAAUCUAAAAUUAUUACGCAUGGAUGGAAACGAAAUAACCAAUUUCGAUGGUAUUUUCAGCACUCUCAACAGUCUGGUUUGGCUCAAUAUGUCCCAAAAUAAAAUUAUAUCCUUCGAUUUCCGAAGUUUCCCCAAUAGCUUGGAAUGGCUCGAUCUACAUAAAAAUUACAUUGAAAACUUUGUCAACGACGACAUGAAUACAGAUGUUAAUAUAAAAUUACUAGACCUCAGCUUCAAUAACAUUUCCCAGCUUACUGUGACUUCAAUACCGAAAUCGGUGGAAAAACUGUAUUUGAACCAUAACAAUUUACAGCACAUUCAAGUCGGCACGUUUUCAAAACUACAAAGACUGUCCAUUGUGACGUUAAAUAAUAACAAACUGAUCCAACUUGACAUGAAUGCAUUUAGGUUAGAUCAAAUAGAUGAAGAUAGCGACCUGCCAGAGUUCUUUAUAAGUGAAAACCCAUUUGUGUGUGAUUGUUCGAUGGAAUGGAUUCAACGCAUUAAUUAUUUGAGUCACACUCGUCAAUACCCGAGGGUUCUAGAUUUAGAUAAGUCGCUGUGCUCGCUCGUGUACUCGCGCACUAAAGAAAAGAAAACUAUAAUAGACAUGUCGCCUUCUGACUUCCUUUGCCCGUACGAGAGCCACUGCUUCGCUCUUUGCCAUUGCUGUGAUUUCGUCGCGUGCGAUUGUGAGAUGAUAUGCCCGAGCAACUGUAGAUGCUAUCACGAUAUCACUUGGAAUGCGAAUGUAGUCGACUGUUCGAACGCCGGCUAUACUGAAGUCCCGGACAGAAUUCCAAUGGACGCUACCGAGAUAUACUUGGACGGAAACGAUAUCAGUCAUCUGGGAAAUCACGUUUUCAUAGGCAAAAAGAAGCUACAGGUUUUAUACCUCAACAAUACAAAGCUGAGUGAAGUUAAUAACCAAACUUUCAAAGGCGUCGAUUCGCUCAGAGUUUUGCAUUUAGAAAACAAUAAAUUAGUCGAGUUAAAAGGAGAUGAGUUUUUACAUCUGAAUAAUUUGAAUGAAUUAUACUUAGAUCACAAUGCGAUUGUUCACGUUGCGAAUAAUACGUUUUCCUCGCUGAAAUCCCUUUCAGUGCUCAGAAUAGACGACAACAAACUUGUUAACUUUUUUCCUUGGAAACUGUUAGCGUCGUCUUCUAAAAGUUUAGCUCAUGUUUCUAUCGAAGGCAACCAAUAUUCUUGCGACUGUAAGAGUAUAGCGGAACUAGACUCUUGGUUGCGCCGCGAUCCAAAUGAUCCGGAAAAAAUGUUAUGCACUGAUACCGAGGGCAAGCCUACUAAAAUAACAAUCGCUUCUGUUCUGAGUCAUUGCAAAGAGUACAUGGGCUCUAUUAGCGAUCCCACAGUUUUAAGAGACGAAAUCGUUUCAAAAUCUAUAUUUCUUCCUAACAAUUAUUUCGCCGUCAUCUGCGGCGUGAUAAUUAUCCUUGUAGUAAUUUGUCUCAUAGGUGCUAUAUUUUAUGCGUUUCGGUACGAAGUCAGUGACUGGUUCUAUACGAAAUACGGAGUACCGUUGUUUAAGGAACAAUCAUGCCCGGAUGUCGACCACGUCCUGGAUAACCCGAACCACAUGUACGAAUACUACGUGAUAUGUAAUACCAAAGAUAAUAACUUCGUGAAUCAUAACAUAAUGUCGGAGCUAGAGUAUAGGAAAAUGAUUUCGAAGAAGCCGAUUAGGAAUGAGUCACCGCUAAACAUUCUCACAAUUGACAGUUUUUCAAAAAGUUCCAAAUUAUCCAAACGCUUAAUCAUCGUCAUUACAACCAAUUUUAUUUGCGGUGAUCUGUGCGACAUCCAUUUCAAAAACAUAUUCUACAGUUACUUAAAAUCAUUAAACAGGAGUGAUUUGAACAAAGUGAUAUUUAUUAAGUUAGUAGAUAACAACCAAAUAAACGACGAGCUCUGUUUCGUAUUAGAUAAGUUUAAGAACGUGUCCUGGGGCGACCCCCGCUUUUGGGACCGUUUCGUAGCCCUACUCAAUUCGACCGAUACGAUUAUCACAGUAAAAGGCUCUGAGCAAAGCAUGUUCAAGAAGUCUCGACAGACCCCGACGCUGAGGUACACAACGAUGCCGGUCACAAACGAUAGUUGCUCAAAGCAGAAUUUCACGAAUUCCUUACAGUAUUGUAAGAGGACGGACGGCGAAUCGUCUAACAACGAGAGCUCGCCGUCAUCCGACAACACGUACGGGGAAGGGGAGAACUCGAACAAUAGCUACAUGUCCAUCGACAACCGGACAUGUCCUCGGUUUAAUUAUGACCUGAGGUUGUCCCCGGGCGCCGGUCACGUAUAUUCUAGGGUAGAAGAUAUCUCCCCGACUGUCCCGCGCUCUAUAGCGGCCAGCGCUUCGGGAAAAGGCCGUACUUAUUUUGUUUGAAACACAAUCUCGUUACUUACCCCCGUUUUAGUCUAGUUUUUAAGGCUUCAAUGUUGUAACAAGUAUUUAUAUAAAUCUGUACAUAUAACACUGUGAAUAACGUACCACUCUGUCAAUUUUCACAUACGUAAUCUAGUGCGGUAUAAAUGUUGGUACGGUACCUAUAAUGUACGAAUCGAAACAAUAUUUUGUACAAAAAUGGCGUGAAAAUGUUGAGUCUGAUAAUGGAAAACUUUCAAAUAUUUAAAUUUAAUAUUAAUCGUAUUUUACAAAGUUUAUUCGAGCUGAAUGAAGUUCGCAAAGUCACUGUAAAACAACACCAAAUAGUUUAAGAUGAUUUUCAUGGUUUCCUAUAAUAAUCAUUAUUAUAAUGUAAACUAGUAAUGUUUAAUAUACUUAUAACU